GGCCUAGCUGUGCUGUGCUGCCAGUGGUCGUUCAGCAGUGAGCUACCUGGACCAGAGGUGUGUAGCAGAGGCAGCAGCAGGCAGCAGAGAUGAGUGUGACCUCUUGGUUCCUGGUGAGCAGCGGGGGGACUCGCCACCGACUCCCCCGGGAGAUGAUCUUUGUCGGCCGGGACGACUGCGAGCUCAUGCUACAGUCCCGCAGCGUGGAUAAGCAGCAUGCAGUCAUCAACUAUGAGGCCGGCACUGACGAACACAAAGUCAAGGACCUGGGCAGCCUGAACGGGACCUUUGUAAAUGACGUCCGUAUCCAGGAGCAGAUGUACAUCACUCUGAAGUUGGAGGACAAGCUCAGGUUUGGAUAUGAUACCAACCUGUUCACGGUGGUGAGAGGAGAGCUCACAGUGCCUGAGGAGGCUCUCAAGCAUGAAAAGUUCACCAGCGGUCUCCAGCUGAGCAAGAAGCCGUCCAACGGUGAAACCGCUACAACCACAGCCAAGUCUCCCACUAAGACGCCAACCAAGACACCCAAAUCCCCCAGUGGUGGCACCCCGAGGCCAGGGGAGAGCAGGGCAGCAGAGAGGGUCCCCUCCUCCUCAGAGCCUCCCUCUAAAUCUGCUGACGCUCACAAAGGAGAGGAUAGGAUAGGAGGAGACAUUGCAGCACUGCAUCGUGGGACCCCCCUGUACGGCCAGCCAUCCUGGUGGGGCGAUGGUGAUGCAGAUGAUGAGAACUCCUUCAAACAGGAAACCAAGUCAUCCUGCAAAAAACACGACAGCUCUGCAUCAGACAGCAGAGAGGCACGUCGAGGAGAGAAGGGUAAAGAGGAAGGUCUUCAUGCGUCCACCGGCCACGAUCCCAGCUACUUUGAGAUCCCCACUAAGGACGGCCACAUGGCCACUAACGGCAUCCACGAGAUCCCCACCAAGGACACGGAGGGCACCGCCACUAACCUUCAUGCCACCGCAGCUCAAGGCCACGCCUCCUUUACCAUAGAGUUUGACAACGCCUCCCCGGGGAAAGUCACCAUCAAAGACCAUGUGUCAAAGUUCAGCACCGACCACCACAGAUCUCGAUCCAAGAAGAGCGGAACAGGAAGUGGAGGAGGAGGUGGGAGAGACUUGAGCACGCUGCAAGCCGCCAUGAUGGCAUCGGAGAGCAAAGUGGCCGAUUGGCUGGCCCAGAACGACCCCACUCUGGUGCGCAGCGAGUCGACGGAGGACGACAGCAAGAGCAUCAAGAGCGACGUUCCUGUCCAUCUCAAGAGGCUGAAAGGCAGCAAGCAUGAAGAUGGCACCCAAAGUGACUCGGAGAAUGGCCUGGGUCUCCGUUUCGCCAGCCGCCGCCAUGCCCUCGAGGAACGCCUGAGAGCGGCACACAGUCAGGCAGCGGCAGCAGGAGGAGGAGCAGGAGGAGGAGGAGGAGGAGGAGGAGGAGGAGGAGGAGGGGGAAGUAGUACAGCAAGCGGGACCCGAACCACCGGCACCCGCACUGCCUUCAUGAUCGAGUUCUACGACGAGGAGAACCCACGUAAACGCCGAUCGUACUCAUUUUCCCAGACUGCACCACUGCUGGCAGGAGGGGCUGGUGGGGAGGGUCUGUGCCCCCAACCUCCAUCUCACCCUAAGGUGUUCAGCAUUUCCACCUCUGCUACUACAGCCUCAGACUCAGGUAAGGGUCCCAUUCCAAUAUCAGCUACAGUGGCUGCAGGCGCCCCCACUGCCGCUCGUGUGCUCCUCAAGCAGAGGUCCGAGGACCCAAGCAUUGGCCGGAGUUCGGCCAGCACAGGACUCCAAACAGGCAGCCCUGUCAGCCCUACCAGCCCCAGCGAGGAGGCCCCAGCUGCGGGGAGAGGAGGGGGGACAGCUGGGGGGGAGGCAGAGGAUGACCACAGCGAUAAGGGGACCUACACCAUUGAGCUGGAGAACAGGAACCCAGAGGAGGAGGAGGCCAGGCGUAUGAUAGACAAGGUGUUUGGAGUGGAGCAGACUCAGAGCCAGGACUCGUCUAUACUGUCAGACCUGAAGGGAGAGGGAGGAGGCAAGGAAACAGGAGACACAGGGAAGGAGGCUCUUCCUGGUGACUCGAGCUGGGUCUCUCAGUGGGCCACUUUGACUGCCAAUCACACCAGGACAGAUCCAGAGGGCUCCGGGGCAGAAACACCCGCUUUCCUGCACAAGGAGAGAGAAGCUGAUGCUUUUGAGUCAGGCGUAUCCCUCCGCAGAGGAGAUUCCUCCUCCAGUCUGACUGACCGUAAACGCAGGACUCCCCAGCUCCCUGUGGAUGACCCCCGGGCUAAAUCUGGCUCCAAAGGUCUGGGGCUAAGGUCUGAGAUUGGGGAGAAGCAGGACACUGAGCCCCAAGAAAAGGAGCACAAGGGAGACGGGGAGUCCCUGACUCCUAUGGAAGACAGCGAGAUGACCAGUAAAAGGAAACAAAGCUGCACUUCCUCCCCAUCCAGACCCUCUCUCCGGACGUCCAGCAGCGCUGAGCGGAGGAAGAGAUCAGAGGAGAGGAAAGGAGGAGGAAGCGGUGAAGGAGGAGAGAAGUCGGGGAAGCCUCUGGUGCGCCAGGGCAGCUUCACAAUCGAGAAGCCCAGCGCCAAUGUCCCAGCAGAGCUCAUCCCACGCAUCAACAGGAGCAGCAAUGGGCGAGAACGCAGCGACUCCGUGGGCAGCAUGGACACUGCAACACUCCUGAAGGACACUGAAGCUGUCAUGGCCUUCCUCGAAGCCAAACUAAGAGAUGAGAACAAACUAGACCAGAGAAGCAGUAAAACCAAUGCUUCCAACCAUGGACCGGGUUCUGGCUACCCCCCUCGGACUGGCUCUAUCUCCCCUGAGUCAGAUGUGGACACGGCCAGCACAGCCAGUCAGGUGGCUGGGGAGGCGGAAAGGAAAGCAGCAGCUGGUGGCGUACAAAAGCGUCGUUCCCUGAGCAGCAUGCACCGCGAGAAGAGCAACAUGAGCACAGCUUCCAAGACCAGCGUCACCAACACCAGUGCUCGUGAACGCCUGGAGAGGAAGACUAAAAGCAGAACGGCAGAGGCAACAAAUCGGACUGAUGCACGACGUUCUGUACAGCCGUCCUCCUCCUCUUCCAGAGCGCGUCAGCCUUCUCUGGAUCUCACUGAUGAUGACCAGACGUCCUCCUUUCCCAUCUCGGACAUCCUCUCCUCAGACCAGGAGACCUACUCUGGACCUGGGCCCGGUUUGGGGCACUCAGCACACGGCCGCGGCUCACACGCUUCCACAGAUGAUAUCCACCAUUCCAAACUGGACCGGUCAGGUAAAACCUCCACCAGUGGUUCCUCCAAAACCAGCCGCACCCUCCAGGCAGCCACAGCCUCCUCCUUGGGGAAGCAGGCCUCUCUCCCUCAGCCACGUCCCACACGGGCCUCUCUUCUCCGCCGCGCCCGGCUGGGUGACACCUCUGACACAGACCUAGCGGAUGCAGACAGGGUGUCUGUGGCGUCUGAGGUGUCCACCACCAGCUCCACCUCUAAGCCCCCGUCUGGUCGUAAGGGCCCAUCACGGCUGGACAUGCUGGCCCAGCCACGUAGGAACCGUCUUGGCUCCAUCUCAGCUCGCAGCGACUCGGAAUGUACAGUGACCCGGAGCUCCACGUCCUCACCACGUCUGUCAGCUGAGACCGCUCUGCGUCUGGGUCUCCGCUCAGCUACACCCGCGGAGAACAGGCUGACACCCAGGAUGAGGGCCAACAGUGUGUCCAAACUGACCGAAGCCAAGACCAAGACCACCACAUCUGGAUACUGCUCGCCCACAGAGAGCCCUCAGCCUGAACCUGAGGGCGGAGCUACUGAGGAGGAGCUGAUGGUGUCCAGCAGCAGCAGGUGGAGGCGUCUGCCCCCGGAGUACGGCUCCACCUCAGAGGAAGAGUUCGGCUCUACCCGGAAUUCCCCCAAGCACGGAGGACGCCCCCACCUGCGCCCCCAUCACCCGGUCCUGCACCGCAGCUCGAGGCUGAGCUCCUCGAGUGUUGGCGCAGGCUCCAGCAUGGUGACGGCUCCUGGGGGCGUGGGGAUGAAACACCGCAUGAAAGAGCAGGAGGAGUACAUCAGGGACUGGACGGCACACAGCGAGGAGAUUGCCAGGUUAUUCCCCUGUGUGCGCAGGAUCAGCCAGGACCUGGCUAAGGACUUGGCCAUCCUUGCCCGUGAGAUCCACGACGUGGCUGGUGAGAUUGACUCAGUCAGCUCCUCGGGCACGGCACCCAGCACCACCGUCAGCACUGCCGCCACCACCCCAGGAUCAGCUAUCGACACGCGGGAAGAGCUCGUGGAUCGUGUGUUUGACGAAAGCCUCAACUUCAGGAAGAUUCCUCCUGUCAUUUCCUCCACCAAGGUGCCAGAGAUCAACGGGCGGCCGGUGGAGCUCCGCCCCCGCGCUCCUGACAGCCUGGAGCCCCGAGCUCUGAGGAGACGCACCUGGAACCGAGAGGAGGCGGUGUUGGACAGCCUGCUGCUCACUUCAGUUUCUCAGCUGUCCUCUAAAAUCAGACAGUCUGUCGACAAAACAGCAGGCAAAAUCAGGAUAUUGUUCAAGGAUAAGGACAGGAACUGGGAUGAGAUUGAGAACAAACUGAGAUCUGAGAGUGACAUACCACUGCUGAAAACCUCCAACAAGGAGAUCUCUUCAAUUCUACUUGAGCUGAAGAGAGUUGAGAAGCAGCUCCAAGUCAUCAACGUCAUGGUUGAUCCAGAUGGGACUCUGGACGCCUUGACCAGCCUUGGCCUGACCAGCCCCACCACCCCCACCAAGCCCCAGACCGCCAAAACGACCUCCACUGCCACCAGCCAGGGAUCCCAGCCCCCGGCCCAGGAAGCCCUCCCAGAGAUCCUCCCUGGUCCUGGAGAACCAGCGGCCGCCACGAAGGGCCAGGCUGCCUCUGAGGACACAGCACAAGACCUGGGUGUGGGUCUGGGCGUCACCGGAGUAGGAGGACUGCCUUUCAGCCGCAUGCGGCCAAGCGGAGAGGAGGCCAUUGCACAGAAGUGAACACAGCCGACAGCAGUUUCCCUUAAGUCACCUUCACGUGAAUAAACAUUAAUCUGGAUUAGGGUGUAAAUGGCUGGUGGUCAGCAUCCACAACAAGCAGACAAGAGUAGAAAUAUGUAGCUGACUUCACUGACAGAACAGUGGCUCCUGACUUCACAAGGUGAUGAGAUUAUGAGUAUCAUAUCAAUUGUAUUGAGAGAACGUUUUGCCAGACCGGACCUGUAAUGAACUGUUUCAACUGACCUUCUUCAAAUGGACAAAGUCAAGCGGAAACUGGGCCACACAGAUCUUACUGAACAUGUGAUUGGAGCCGGUGAUGGACAGACACUUUUGCAGUAGCUGAGAGGCCAUGAACGCCCACAAAUGCCAACUGACGGAUCAUGGGCGUGCCACUGAAUGGAAACCAGAACGCUUCUACAGUCAUAUGCGUGUAAUUGUGCUCACUGGCCAACUUGACCUCCUAAGUCUGGAGGAGUUGAGCGUGCACAUACAGGCUACCUGGCUACUAAACAAAUGGACAAAGUCUCUGUGGUUGUACAGUCUCCACUCUCCUCCAGCUUUCUCCUCUUGCCUUCUCCAUGUGUCUGGACCCUGUCUGCACAAAGGACAUGCCUUAAUGCACAUCCUUAAGAGUGGCAGUGUACCCCUUCAUACCUUCAAACAAGCAACAGCACUCUAACAAUAUACAGGACAGUUUCAGAUGUCUUAUACUUUCUGUUCAUGGACAACAGAACUCAUUGUACAAUAAACUUUCAAAGAUGCUCUAUUUACACUAAGAUGAAUCAGUACAGUACAGCGCACUACAGUAUUUUACUAGCUCCUCUUUAUUAGAAAGAAUCUUUUAGCCGCCUUAAUAAGCACCCAACCUGACAAACACAUUCAUAAACGGAUAUACCAUAUGCCUGAAUAAUGUGGAACCACAGAGUUGUAUAACAAAUCAGUUAGACGCUUCUGAUUCUUUUGAAUUCACAUAACUCUACAUCUUAACCUGGGGUCUGGUCACUGUCCGUCCAUUGAUCCAUCUCUCAAACCGCUGAAAUGGAUUUAUAUCGAGUGCCUCCCCAUCUCAUUCCUCACUUCUCUGUCCUUUCACCCAUUACUUUGCUCUUUUCCUUCCCUUCUCCUCUCUCCCGGUGUCUGGAGGAAGUGUUAAACAGUGUGUGUCACUCCAGUAGCAUGUAAAGGACUGAGUUUAGAGUUCUCUUUUCUGGAAGUUGGUGUCUGUGCUGAUCUUACUAAUAUGGAAUGGUGGUCACCCUUUGGCUAGAUAGUGAACGGCCUUCAGGAAACCAAUGAUCCUUUUUCAGUCGCAAUCCAAAACGGCACCUACCAAAGUUAAAAAGUAGCAUGCAGAAAUUUGUUGUCAUUUUUAAACAGGUGAGACGAACUUGUACCCCAAAUCAAACUCAUCUAUCCUUGUGUGAAAGCUCAAGAAAUGUAUUUCAAAUGUGGCAUCAUAUUGCAUCAUAUGGCAUCAGUUCAUCUUCAGGGUUUCUUCUGCAAAUCAGUAUUAUAUACCGCAUGUUCAGUUUUCUGUAUAGAGAUCAAUGAUUCAGAUGUGUUGAUUUGCUGUUAUCAAGCACUUGUUUUUAUUACUUGUUGGCCUGUGUUACACUCCUCUGAGAAUCAGUGCCCUUAGUCUCCACCCACAGUACAUCACUCAAGUGUCCUAUGAUUUCCAAUUGGCUCUUUUUCUACUUUUCCCCUGUCACAACUGCUGUGACAUCUUUUUAAACUAGCAAUGAUCAGCAAAAAAAUCAACAGAAUAUUUUCUAAUAAUUACAUACUGUAUUGUAGAUUCUCUUGACCUUUACUGUAGCUUCUAAUGCAUUCAUUGGCAGUUGUUUUUUUUUUUUUUUUAAAUCAGUGUCAUAUUGUAAGGUCUAUCAUAAUGAUCACCGGUUUUAGCUCCACUGUACACAAAACCUGAGCCUGAGAAAGCUGCUGGAAUUUCUCUUUCACAAAUGUUUGUUUUAACCCAGGGAACUUACAAGGAAGCCUUUCUGUUUAAAAUGUGUCUUUGAGGAACAUCACUGUUUCUGUGAUGCAGUAUCCUUAAAGAAACGGAUCCCAAACCAACCUGUUGCAACAAUAUUGCUCGUAAUGCGGCUUUAAAUCGGUGCAUGUAGGUGUAUUGUUUUAUUUCCACCAAGAGGGAAGUUUCCAACGUACUGAUACUGCAGAGUUAUGCAGUAUAAAUAUACACACUUCCUCAAAGACUUUGCUGCUUUUCUAGUUACUUUACGGGGACUAACCAUUUUCUGAAUCUUUCUUCAGCUUAUAGUCUGUGUUCUAGAGUAAGAUGACUUAAAGACAGUGUAUUAGUACUUAGAUACCCAUGCAAUAGUGAAUUUAGGUACCAGGAUACAUGUUCCUUUCCUCCUCUCUAUACUGUACUGUACGUUUCAAUGCCUCGAAGUGCCAGGUUUAACUUAUAGAAUGGCAUUGAUUAAAAAAAAACAAAACAAAAAAACAUGUAGUGACUAAAAUUUAAUUUCUCUCAUUUUGCACAUCGGAUUGUGGUGUCAUUUUCUCAUUGAGAAGUAGUAGAAAACACAGUGAACAGCAGAGUCAAGUGUCUGGUGUUUUGACAAAGAACGACAUCACCUCCAGGAUAUCAGACCUGACUGGCUUGUCUCUGUGAAAAUAUUCUGUCUCCAUAAACGAAGCCUCUAAUCAUGCUCCUUUUUUGCCCUGUUUUAUCGAAAAAGAAAAAAUAGGGGAUUGAGAAUGCUCGGUACACAUUUAUUUUUUAAGUUGUUUUACACGUCAUCUGAUCAGUGUUCUGUUUUGUUUUUGUUUUCUUGUCGUUUUUGUAAGAAAAAAAAGAUGAACACCAUUUUAUUUAUUUUUUGUUUAAUAUUUUGUGGAUGUUUCAUGUGUUUUAUAUUUGUUCAACUAUCUGCAUUUGUUACUUAUUGUUAAUAAAACAGAGCCAUUCA